GAACAAAUUAAUAAUAAUUCAACAGAAAAUCUUAAUAAAGAAGGAAGUUUAAUUGAUGCUAAAACAUUUCGAACUGAAUUACAACAAAUUCGUAAUUCAAUACAAACAAUUCUUGAUCAACUUCAAUUAUCAACAAGUCAAAGUACAGUAAAUAAUCAAGAAAAAGAAAUAUCAACAGCAACAAUUCCUACACCUGCUGUUGUUUCAAGUACAACACGUGAAUUUGAUCCAUAUAAACAUUUACAAAAUCAACGUUCAACUACUCCAGAUAGUAUUCGAUCGAAAUCUUCAACUUCAAAUAAAAUAAAUAAUAAUAAUAAUAAUGAACAGAAAUCAUUUCAACCUACAUCAUCUGCACCACCAGUCGAUACUCAACAUCAAUAUCACUCAUCCGAAUCAGUUGAUACAAACAAAGCACCACCAACUUCGUUUCAACAAAUGCCAACACCACACUUUGUUCCAACAGCAUUCAAUGAUCAACAAACAAAAACAUCACCAUUUGGUGCUCCCCCACCAGCAUUUCCUGGCAUGCCACCUCUACCAACAAAUGCUGGUACUCCUCGAUUUCCUACAGCAUUUCCUCCAUCAACAUUACCAAAUGCAAAUACAACAUCAGCUUUCAAUCCUACUUCAGCACCUCCAUCAGCAUUCAAUCCUACAUCAGCACCUCCUUCAGCAUUUUAUCCUACUUCAGCACCUCAAUCAGCUUUCAAUCCUAAUUCAGGAGGAGCACCAACACCACCAGCUUCUUCAAAUGCUGGUCAAACAUCAACAUUUAUAGGUCAACAACAACAACAACAUCAACAACAACAGCAACAGCAACAGCAAGCACCACCUCCACAACAAGGUGGUUUUUAUGGUCAACAACAAGGUUUACUUCAGCAACGACCAGGUCUACCUGCUUUUAAUUCUCAGCAGAAUAAUACAUUUGUUCCUCAACAACAACAGCAACAAUUACCACCACCAUCAAGUUCAUCACCAGCAACAAUUAAUCCAUCAUUUAUACAACCAUCAGCAAUGCCAACUCCACCACCAUUAGCGUCUCAUCAACCCUAUGGAGGUUUUCCACCUCAAAAUAACUUCUUUAAUCCUGGUCAACAACAACAACAAUAUCCCAAGUUAUCAUAA